AGUACAUGGAAACGGAAAUUGCUGUUCGAAGGUGGCGACAGUGAACAAGGAGCACAAUUGGUUCAAGAUCCAACGAAACCGAACUGUUAUUCAAUUAAGGGCGAAGCGAUUGUUUCUGAAGCGAUCAUAAAUGAUUUGACAGUGUAUUUGGCGAUCUCCACCGACGCAGAUACAAGUGUACCUCCAGAAUCAUGUCACGAUGCUGAUCCUGAGACAGGAUGUGGUGGGCUAGGCUCAUGGUACUACUAA